CCGACGGAGCUCUCGGCCUCUCGGCGUUGCUCUCGGUGAUCUCGGUUUCAGCCGUGAUGGGCUGGCCUGCGCUGCAUCGUGGACAAUACACUUUCUCGGAGUUUACUUGAAUGCUGCAUUUUCGGUGCCCUUACCUUGUCAGUAAGGUACAGUGCCCCUUCUCUAGAGCACCAGUCAUCCGCGAACACUACCUGCUUUUCUCGUGGAAAACAGUGAUUACUGCCGACCGGUGUAUGAAGCAGCCGACUGUGGGAUUGUGUUGACUGUUGUGAAAACGAGUAUCGUCACUGAAGAAGCGUGUCGCGUUGCCCACUUACGCCCAAGGAAGUGACGAGUCGAGUACCUGCAGGCUUUCUGUUGCUAAUGUAGAGCAGCGCUGAAUGUUUGCAGUCAACUCACACCUGUGCGCGUCUUUUGAAACGCGCAUGGCGUCUCGUUGACAGGUUUGUGUGCGUUGCUCGCCUGACAUUUCACGGACGUUUGUGCAAACGCUGGCCAUGGAGAAGGAAGGACGCGACGGCGUCGUCGACUUCGCUCGCCACCGAGGAGGCAACGAGUAUGACUCCAACUUCGAGACGGAUUCGGAGUCGGUCGUCGCGGCGGACGACCGAUCCUCCCGCAGGGACCUGGUCGCGCCUUCGCCGCCGCGACGCGAGCCCAAGGCUCACCGAGACGUGGUGUCCAAGGAGUACAGCCUCGAAGAGAAGCGGCGCGAGCGUAACUGCUUCCUCGCGCUGGACGCCUACACGAGGCACAAGAAGCUCAUCAACGACUACCUGCUCUGCUACCCGGGCUCGACGUCCAAGCUGAAGCGAGACACGAGUCGCGACCGCACUGACUUCGACGUCAUCCGCGAGAACCACCAGUUCCUGUGGGACGACGAGGACGACAACGCGGAGCCUCCCACGUGGGAGAAGCAGCUGGCCAAGCGCUACUACGACAAGCUCUUCAAGGAGUACUGCAUCUGCGACCUGACCUACUACCAGGCGAACAAGAUCGCCAUGCGCUGGCGCACCGAACAGGAGGUGAUCGCGGGCAAGGGUCAGUUCAGCUGCGGAGACCGCCACUGCAAGGAGGCCUCGGGUCUGCGCACCUGGGAGGUCAACUUCGCCUACUUCGAGAACAAUGAGAAGAAGAACGCCCUGGUCAAGCUCAGGCUGUGCAAGGAGUGCUCGUUCAAGCUCAACUACCGUUUCCAGAGGAAGGAGCUCACCAAGAACGUUACGACCAAGAGGUUGUCGUCUAAGCACGGAGGCGGCUCGGAGAAGAAGAGAGCCAAGAUGGACGAAGUGGCGGGUGAGAGAGUCGAACCCGCAGCAGAUCAGAAAGAAGACGCCAGAGAUGCCGAAGAGUCCGUCUGGAGCAAACCCAGCACUGCCGAGGAAGAGAAGAGCCAGGAGGAAGAGUUCGAUUCCUACCUGGCCGACAUGUUCCUUUAAGAAUGGAAUCUCGACCGAUGGAGCUACGAGCUCAGUCUUUUUUUUUUGCUUUCUCCGUGAAUGUUUACUCCACUUACCUGUGAUGAAGUGAAUGUAGCAUCCUGGGAGUGCGUCUUUGCUACGCCGAUGUACAGUGGAAGGUCCGGUGUAACAACUCGCGCUUGUUUCGGACGUGUUGGUGUGGGCUGUUGACUUUUGACAUUCAGUGGCUUGGGACCAUUGUUGAGACGUAUAAGCAGCGUUGCUCAAGUACGAAGUGCUCAGUGAAAGGUUUUUACGUGUGAAUAGUUUCAGAACAGCUUAUGCAACAGCAAAUGCCUUUUUUUUUAUUUUUCUGAAUGAGAAAAGCAUGGUGAUACGAGUCAUGAGCACUUUUGCUCCAGUGUUGAGUCCUCUGCAGAGGGCUUGGGGUGAAGUUUUCGAACCAGAAUAUGCAACAGCAAGUGUCUUGUCAACCUUUUUGUUUAUUUUGGUAACUAAAAAAAAAAAAGAAGAAAGAUGCGCACAAAAUUACAGGUUAGUGACUGUUAAGCAGUACGAAGUGCUUUGUGAGAGGAUGUGUGAAUUGUUUCAUGCCAGAAUUUGCAAGAGUAACUGCUUUAUUUGUAUUUUAAUUUUUUCACAAAUACACACCUGCAAGAAAUUCCAGGUGAUGCUGCAACAACCCACUGCAGUCAAAGUGGUAUUGAAUGUAAUCCAGUUCACCUUGGUGCGGAAUUGCAGUGUGGUAGCCAUGUUGGCGGAUGUAGCAAGUUAAAAAUGUGAAAAAUAUAGACACUGUCACAAAGGUAUUUAGGGUUGGAAUUAGUUGCCCCUGAAUAGUUGUAAGAAGUUAUGACAAAUUCUUUCAAGAAAGACUAGGGUGGUGCACACUUUAAAGAUCAGCUCAGUUGGCUGAAGGCGAACCAGAUUAGUAUUACCUGUGGAAAUGCUUUGGACAAACUCUUCAUCAGCACUAGUGCUCAUCUGCCAGCACUUCCCAAAUUUAGGGGUCGUUCAUUUACUGGGUGGCGUGUUCCAGAAGUUUUAAGUUUUGCUGGAUGCCGAUUGGCUGAGGCAGUCUCCAUUAGAACGCGAAUAGCUUUUGUGAGGCUUUGCUCUAGUCUUGACCUGAAGCAGUAUAAACUGUCCCCUAACGUAAUCGGUCGAUUCUAUGGACACAGCUGUAACCUGCAAGAAAUUUAUUAUUUUCUUUCCUUAAAGUGGCCAGCAUCUCACGACAAAGAAUGCUACGUCUGCUUAUUAGUGCAUGGCACUGUCUGAUGAGCUAUGCUGAAGAUUGAAGGCUGCAAUGAGCUUAAGCUUUUGGCUGCACGUGGCUAAAUGAACUGCUGUACAACUUGAUCUUAGCUACUUGUGGCAUGAAAUUCGGGGCUACGCGUUGUUUUAUGUGUUGAGAGGUUGCCUCCCCAUCAGCCAGCUUUAGUGAAGGCUGCUUUCUGCUUGGCCAUUGUUGUAUUGCUGAAAUGCAAGGACUGCCACCACCUUGGUACAAUGGUAUUUAUGCUGGUACCAAUUUGAAGCGGUCUAGAGGUUCGGCGAUGAUUGUCGGACACUUUUUUUAUGUCAUCGUCCAUGUGAGCUGCUUGGCAGUCAGUCAGACGCGGUAAUGUUGACUUGCAGAGCGCUCAGUGUCGGAAUGUUGGAAUUUAUGUGCGUAUAUCUGUGCACCCCGUCAUGUAGUCUCGGCUUCAAGGUGUUCUGAUGGCAUUGAUUGCUGUUUUAGCCUUUGUGCCCUGCUUAGCAGCAUUACCUCCAAACAGCCAUUUCUAGAACAUCACCUCUUAUGUGUUUUCUGUGUAAAGCAAGAUUGACUUAUGCAGCUACUGAUACACUUGUGUUAUUUAUUUAUGUGAAGGUGUUUUAUUUUUUAGCAUUCGAAGACGAUGUGUCAGGCUUGACGUGUGCCCUAAUUUUAAAGCUUUUUGCCCGAUGUUUUGGUCGACAGCAAAACGCAAGCACAAGCAGAAUUUCAUGUGCUCGCAUGAAAGCUGGUGUGUUUCACUUUUUUAUCUUUUCACAGAGUUGUAGAACUCUUUAAGCAUUAAACAAAAAUAUUGGUGUAAUGUGUGAAUUGCAUUAAACUUGUUAU